CGGCGGCGGCGGCCCGGGCGGAAGAUGGCGGCGGAGCGGCAGAGCGGCCGCGGCGGCGGAUCCGCGGAGGAGAACAAAGACAACAAGGAGAACGAGAGGCCGGCGGGGCCUCAGGCCGGGAGCCUCGGCGACAGCCUGGGCCUGGAGAUCCUUCAGAUUGUGAAGGAGUCUCAGCAGCAGCACGGUUUGCGCCACGGAGACUUCCAGAGGUACAGGGGUUAUUGCUCCCGUAGGCUGAGGCGUCUCCGAAAAACUCUCAACUUCAAGAUGGGAAACAGGCACAAAUUCACUGGGAAGAAAGUAACUGAGGAGAUUCUCUCAGACAACAGGUAUUUACUGUUGAUUCUGAUGGAUGCAGAGAGAGCCUGGAGUUAUGCCAUGCAGCUGAAGCAGGAGGCGAACACGGAGCCUCGCAAACGCUUUCACCUGCUGUCCCGCCUGCGCAAGGCCGUCAAACACGCCGAGGAGCUGGAGCGGCUCUGCGAGAGUAACCGCGUUGAUGCCAAAACAAAGCUGGAAGCUCAGGCAUACAUGGCUUACCUCACAGGGAUGCUACGUUUUGAACACCAGGAGUGGAAGGCAGCAAUGGAGGCUUUCAACAAAUGCAAGACCAUAUAUGAAAAACUGGCCAAUGCCUUCACAGAAGAACAGGCUGUACUGUAUAACCAGCGUGUGGAAGAGAUCUCACCCAACAUUCGCUACUGUGCCUAUAAUAUUGGUGACCAGUCUGCUAUGAAUGAGUUGAUGCAGAUGAGACUGAGGUCUGGUGGCACUGAAGGCCUUCUUGCAGAAAAACUGGAGGCACUGAUUACCCAGACUCGAGCCAAGCAGGCAGCCACGAUGAGCGAGGUGGAGUGGAGAGGAAGGACUGUUCCAGUGAAGAUAGACAAAGUGAGGAUCUUUCUGCUGGGACUGGCUGACAACGAAGCUGCGAUUGUUCAGGCAGAAAAUGAGGAGACAAAGGAACGUUUGUUUGAGUCUUUACUCAGUGAGUGCAGAGAUGCCAUUCAGGCUGUUCGGGAGGAUCUGAAACCAGACCAGAAGCAGCGGGAACACGCUCUGGAAAACGAUUCUGGGAAGGUGUCUAACAUCCAGUACUUACACAGCUAUUUGACUUACAUCAAACUGUCAACAGCCAUCAAGCGCAACGAGAGCAUGGCCAAGUCCCUGCAGAAAGCCCUGCUGCAGCAGCAGCGCUCGGAAGAGGACGGCAAGCGCACGCCUCGGCCUCAGGACCUCAUCCGCCUCUACGAUAUCAUUUUGCAGAACCUUGUAGAACUGACACAACUUUCUGGCCUGGAAGAGGACAAGAACUUCCAAAAGGAGAUUGGAUUGAAGACGCUUGUGUAUAAAGCUUACAGGUGUUUCUUCAUUGCACAGUCCUAUGUCCUGGUAAAGAAAUGGAGUGAAGCUCUUGUUUUAUAUGAAAGAGUGCUGAAAUACGCCCGUGAAGUUCAGUCAGGAGCUGGAGCUUACAUGAACAGCUUGAAGGAGCUGCCUGACGUUCAGGACCUGAUCACUCAAGUCAACGCAGAGAAAUACUCCCUGCAAGCAGCAGCUAUAUUAGAUGCAAAUGAUACCCAUGAGACUGAGUCUCCAUCUCAGGUCAAGGAUGGCAAGCCACUCUCAGAACGGUUUGAGACUUUCUGCCUGGAUCCUUCUCUUGUCAGUAAGCAAGUCAGCCUUGUGCACUUCCCUCCAGGCUUCCAGCCCAUCCCGUGCAAACCCUUGUUCUUUGACCUGGCUCUUAAUCAUGUUGCUUUCCCACCUCUGGAGGACAAGGUGGAGCAGAAGGCCAAGAGUGGCCUCACAGGAUAUAUAAAGGGCAUCUUUGGAUUCAAAAGUUAACCAGGACACCCUAAGGAACAGAGGUUUUAUUCUGUAUUGAAGGAAAAGCUCCAAGAGGUUGUAAGACACAAAUACCUGCACCUGAAAGCAACAGAAGGGGAAGCUUUACCAUCUUCCCUGUGUUCUGUGUCUGUGCACUUACAUUCUCUCCCAAUGUAUUAAAGACAAACAAUCUAUUCAGAAACACUUGUACACUAUAAAUAGCUGAGAAUAAUCUGGAGCACAGAGAAAUUCCAUUCUGCUUGGAGAAGCUGGAGCUUGUUUUGUGACCCAUGGCCUGUUCAGGGCCAGGGCACAUUUUCUUGCCAUGGACCAGAGAAUAGGUAUAAUUUGACUCCUCCUUUCACCCCAUUAUUUGACACUAUAAUUUGGUAUUUUGGUCUAGAAAUCUGGGUGUGAUGGGGAAACAGAGGUGAAAGUGGAGCUAAGGGCAAGGGGAGGCUCUCAGAACAAAGGCCAUGAGCAGCAGCCCGGGGGCAACUGCUUCCCUUUCCACUCCCAGAAGUCUCUGUGUAUCUUUUAAAGAUGUAACAUUCAGAAAUGACAAAACUGUCCUUACCAGUAAGGAUAAAUAGGCAAAUAGCCUACCAAAUGUUAAUGGUUACCCCAGGUGUGGUGGGAGUAUAGGCUGAACUGGUACUCUGGGCUGAUGGGAUCCUUCAUCCAUCCAUGUUUUGUUCAAUACCUAAAUACAGUUUAGAACCUUUCCCUACAAGGCUUUUCCUGGGAAACUGGCUUCAUGGCUGGCUUUAGAAACAGCUACUUGCUCUUCAUGGGAAUUUGGGUCUCAGUGUUUGCUCUGUCUCACAUCUAAACCCUGCCUGAAAUCAAGAUGAUCUUUCUUUUUUUUCCUGGAGUUCAUCUGUUGCUUUUUUUUCCCUUCAUCCUUGGUUGAUACAUACCCCUGAAAUGAAGAAUAAGCACCAGGAGACCAGUAGGUUCUUGAGUGAUAGAUCUGUGCCAUGCCAGCCAGCUGCUUUUUUUGUCUGAAGCACCCAGGUGCUGUGGUGACUGGCAGGUUCAGAUUGGGGGUAAUUUCAGCAUUGUGAUCAUUUAAACAAGAGGGGGGGGGAAAAAAAACCCCAACAGAGUACAUGGACAGAACUGUUCCUGAAUAAAGUAUUUGGAAGUUUCCACCAGCA